ACACUUUAUAGUUUAACUUUAUAGUUUAGAGAUCCCUCAAUCCACCACUCUUCCCAAACGAACCCAACCAAAAUAAGAACAUAAGGGUUUUAUAUGGCGGCAGCCGUCGCAGCUAGGUCCAUCCUCCGCUCGGCCUCCACCUCCGUCAAAUCAUCGGUGACUAGAAUCUCCGCCGGCGCUAAACCUAGUUCUACCGGUGCAGCACAUUCUCCCUUCCGUAUCCGCACUCAAAAGCCCCAAUCUCAUCGCAUUUUCAGGUUACCAGUUGAGAUAAGUUGUGUUGCUGUGGAAUCACUGAUUCCAUUCCAUUCAGCCACUGCUUCUGCAUUGCUCACUUCAAUGCUUUCAAAUGCUCCUUAUCCCUAUUCCUGGACCAUUGAUGAUUCCUAGCAACAGGAUUUUCUUUUUCAGAUCUAUGUAUUUUUUUUUCCUUUUUGAAUUGAGUUACAAAUUACAAUACCCAGUGUCACAUUUAAUAGUUUUUUGUUUAGUUUUGUGUAAAUGAUAAGGAGGAUGAGGGCGUUUAUGUCUUUUGCGAACUGAGUUUUAUCCUAUCUUUUAUUAGAUGAGACAAUUAUUGUAGUUUUUGUAAGGUGAAAUGGUUGGUUGAAUGGAAUAAGAUUGGGUUGUGUUGAGUUGACUAAA